AUGAAGACACAGGAAACUAAUUACACACAGGGAAGUGUGGCAUCAUCACACAGCCAGGGAACUAUAGACACACAGGGAACUGUGGCAUCACCACACAACCAGGGAGCUAUAGACGGCCAGGGAGCUGUGGCAUCACCGCACGGCCAGGGAGCUAUAGACACCAGGGCUGUGGCAUCACCACAGCCAGGGAACUAUAGACACACAGGGAACUGCAUCAUCGCACAGCCAGGGAACCAGGGAGCUGGAGCUAUAGACGGCCAGGGAGCUAUAGACGGCCAGGGAGCUAUAGACGGCCAGGGAGCUAUAGACGGCCAGGGAGCUAUAGACGGCCAGGGAGCUAUAGACGGCCAGGGAGCUAUAGACGGCCAGGGAGCUAUAGACGGCCAGGGAGCUAUAGAUCACCACUAUAGACGGCCAGGGAGCUAUAGACGGCCAGGGAGCUAUAGAGGCCAGGGAGCUAUAGACGGCCAGGGAGCUAUAGACGGCCAGGGAGCUAUAGACGACCAGGGAGCUAUAGAGGGGAGCUAUAGACGGCCAGGGAGCUAUAGACGGCCAGGGAGCUGUGGCAUCACCACAGGGAGGCGGCCAGGGAGCUAUAGGCGACCAGGGAGCUAUAGGCCCAGGAGCUAUAGACGGCCAGGAGCUGUGGCAUCACCACACGGCCAGGGAGGCCAGGGAGCUAUAGACGGCCAGGGAGCUAUAGACGGCCAGGGAGCUAUAGACGGCCAGGGAGCUAUAGACGGCCAGGGAGCUGUGGCAUCACCACACGGCCAGGGAGGCGGCCAGGGAGCUAUAGACGGCCAGGGAGCUAUAGACGACCAGGGAGCUGUGGCAUCACCACACGGCCAUGUAGCUAUAGGCGGCCAGGGAGCUAUAGACGGCCAGGGAGCUAUAGGCGGCCAGGGAGCUAUAGACGGCCAGGGAGCUAUAGACGGCCAGGGAGCUAUAGCGGGAGACGGCCAGGGAGCUAUAGACGGCCAGGGAGCUAUAGACGGCCAGGGAGCUAUAGACGGCCAGGGAGCUGUGGCAUCACCACACGGCCAGGGAGACGGCCAGGGAGCUAUAGACGGCCAGGGAGCUAUAGACGGCCAGGGAGCUAUAGACGGCCAGGGAGCUAUAGACGGCCAGGGAGCUAUAGACGGCCAGGGAGCUGUGGCAUCACCACACGGCCAGGGAGACGGCCAGGGAGCUAUAGACGGCCAGGGAGCUAUAGACGGCCAGGGAGCUAUAGACGGCCAGGGAGCUAUAGACGGCCAGGGAGCUAUAGACGGCCAGGGAGCUAUAGACGACCAGGGAGCUAUAGACGGCCAGGGAGCUAUAGACGGCCAGGGAGCUAUAGACGGCCAGGGAGCUAUAGACGGCCAGGGAGCUAUAGACGACCAGGGAGCUAUAGACGACCAGGGAGCUAUAGACGACCAGGGAGCUGUGGCAUCACCACACGGCCAGGGAGACGGCCAGGGAGCUAUAGACGGCCAGGGAGCUAUAGACGGCCAGGGAGCUAUAGACGGCCAGGGAGCUAUAGACGGCCAGGGAGCUAUAGACGGCCAGGGAGCUAUAGACGGCCAGGGAGCUAUAGACGGCCAGGGAGCUAUAGACGGCCAGGGAGCUAUAGACGGCCAGGGAGCUAUAGACGACCAGGGAGCUAUAGACGGCCAGGGAGCUGUGGCAUCACCACACGGCCAGGGAGACGGCCAGGGAGCUAUAGACGGCCAGGGAGCUAUAGACGGCCAGGGAGCUAUAGACGGCCAGGGAGCUAUAGACGGCCAGGGAGCUAUAGACGGCCAGGGAGCUGUGGCAUCACCACACGGCCAGGGAGACGGCCAGGGAGCUAUAGACGGCCAGGGAGCUAUAGACGGCCAGGGAGCUAUAGACGGCCAGGGAGCUAUAGACGGCCAGGGAGCUAUAGACGGCCAGGGAGCUAUAGGCGGCCAGGGAGCUAUAGACGGCCAGGGAGCUAUGGCAUAUAGACACCAGGGAGCUAUAGACGGCCAGGGAGCUAUAGACGGCCAGGGAGCUAUAGACGGCCAGGGAGCUAUAGAGGGAGCUAUAGGGCCAGGGAGCUAUAGACGCGGCCAGGGAGCUAUAGACGGCCAGGGAGCUAUAGACGGCCAGGGAGCUAUAGACGGCCAGGGAGCUAUAGACGGCCAGGGAGCUAUAGGCGACCAGGGAGCUAUAGGCGACCAGGGAGCUAUAGUGGCAUCACCACACGGCCAGGGAGACGGCCAGGGAGCUAUAGACGGCCAGGGAGCUAUAGACGGCCAGGGAGCUAUAGACGGCCAGGGAGCUAUAGACGACCAGGGAGCUGUGGCAUCACCACACGGCCAGGGAGACGGCCAGGGAGCUAUAGACGGCCAGGGAGCUAUAGACGGCCAGGGAGCUAUAGACGGCCAGGGAGCUAUAGACGGCCAGGGAGCUGUGGCAUCAGAAACUGAACUGUUCAAGCUGCUGCUGAGAAGGGAAAGGCCCGACUAA